AUGACAUUUAGGACUCGUUAUGAUCACUACGAGUUUCUAGUGAUGCCAUUCAGAUUGACUAAUACACCGACAGCUUUCAUGGAUUUAAUGAAUCGAGUGUUCCAGUCUUAUCUGGACCAGUUUGUGGUGGUAUUCAUCGACGAUAUACUGGUUUACUCGAGGACUGAGGAUAAGCAUGAUGAGCACCUUCGAGUAAUUCCUCAGACUUUGAGGGAAAAACAACUCUAUGCUAAAUUUAGUAAGUGCAAGUUCUGGCUGCGUGAGGAGACAUUUCUUGGUCAUGUAGUUUUAGCUAAGGGGAUUCAAGUUGAUCCUCGAAAGAUUGAGGCUAUGCAGCGCAGAUGGAUUGAGCUUCUUAAAGACUAUGACUGCACCAUCGAGUACCCCCUGAUUGAGGGUGGUAGUACUACAGAUUUUGGACUGAACAAUGAUGGAGUACUCUAUUUCCGUGGGAGAAUCUGUGUUCCGAAUGAUACUGAUUUGAGACAGGCCAUACUGAGAGAGGCGCAUAGUAGCACUUAUGUUAUGCAUCCUGGCGAAAAUAAGAUAUAUCGAAACCUCUGUGAGUUAUAUUGGUGGUCAGGGUUGAAACGUGAGGUUACUGAUUUUGUAGGAAGAUGUCUGACUUGCCAGCAGGUUAAGGCUGAGCAUCAGUUACCUUCGGGUUUGCUGUAG